CACAUACAAAGAUAUAUCUCGACUUUAUCACUAGCUCUACUUCAAAGCCAUUAAUUAGCCAAUACCUCUUUCCACUUUUUCUCUAUUUCCUCAUAUCAUUCAUUCUCAUCUCCUUGAGAAGAAGAAAAAAACCCUAAUAUAAGUAUAAUUUUUCUCUACUCAACUAUAUACAUAUAUCAAUCAGAUAGGUCAAAAUGUGGACGAUGGGUUACAACGAAGGAGGUCCAGAUUCUUUCAACGGAGGAAGAAGGCUUCGUCCUCUCAUACCACGCCUCUCUUCUUGUCCUACCGCCGCCCCAAACACCAAUUCUGACCAUCGCUUCAAUAUGGCAGUGAUGACGAUGACGGCGGAGCAAAACAAGAGGGAGCUGAUGAUGCUAAACUCAGAACCUCAACAUCCGCCGGCAGUGAUGGUUAGCUCACGGUGGAAUCCGACCCCGGAUCAGUUAAGGGUUCUUGAGGAGCUUUACAGACAAGGAACAAGAACUCCUUCUGCCGACCACAUCCAGCAAAUCACCGCACAGCUAAGACGGUACGGGAAGAUAGAAGGUAAAAACGUUUUUUAUUGGUUCCAAAACCACAAAGCCCGCGAACGCCAGAAACGACGACGGCAGAUGGAAACUGGCCAAGAAGAAUCGGUCCUUACAACCGCAAGUCUUGUCUCAAACCACGGAUUCGACAAGAAGGACCCGCCAGGUUACAAGGUCGAACAGGCCAAGAACUGGAUAUGUUCGGUCGGAUGCGACACACAACUUGAGAAACCUUGCCAUAAUGAUGACCACGAGGAGGAGCCAGCGAACAUACGGGUCGAGCGGAAUGGUCGUUGUGGAGGAGACGAGAGACGUGGUUUUCUUGGGAGAAACGUCACGUGGCAGAUGAUGCAGUUGCCACCUGGACUCUACCCUUCUUCACAUCAUCACCAGCGGAACCAGCUCGUUCUCAAUUCAACAACUGUUUCCCCCAACGUCUCCACUAGCAGUUUUAAUACCGUUUCUCCUGCUAAAGAUUCGGUCACGCUUUUACCUGUUUUUCAAAGCACGAGAGGAGCAACGAACGCCGAGUCUUGUCUUCGGAAUUGUGAUGACAAUAAAGAUCAAGAAGGACAUGAAGAGUGCUCCAACAGUGAGUCGGAUCAUCAAGAACAAACACUUGAGCUGUUUCCACUGAGAAAAGAAGGGUUUUGUAGCGAUGCUGAGAAAGCAAAGGAGAUCAGUGGUAUUCACUGUUUCUAUGAGUUUCUGCCGUUGAAGAACUAACCCUAGCUAGCUAGCUAUUUGUUGUCUUUCCAUAGCAUGCAAGACCUUUUCUUUUCUUUUUUUUUGUUAUUAGAUGAUCAUAGUUUAAUUAAUCAAGCAAGCUGGAGAGAGAGCUAGGGAAAAGGGGUUUACUUAAUUAGGGUUUUGUCUGGGAGUGAGCGCAGGCGUGUCUUUAUGGUGUUGAUGUUAACAGUUCAUAAGGGUUUGCCUUCAAACGCAC